GAAUUCUUCGAAUUUGUCAACUGCUUUGAUACCGAUGGCGAGAUAAACUUUGAUAUUGAGACAAAGGUAAACCCAGCAGUCACAAACUCAACUCGUGAUCCAAAGAUAUUUGUCGAUUUACUCAUAGAAUCAAUUGACAAAUAUGAUGUGAUGGACAGAACUACCCUUCAAUCAUUCGAUUGGCGUUCACUCAAGUAUUCAAAGGAAAUCAGACCAGAACUCGUUACUAGUGCAUUAUACGAUGAUACUACUGCAAUCAAAAAUACCGAUUGGUUUGGUGGAUUGAAGAUCGAGGAUUACGGAGAUGUCUCUCCUGCUGUAGCCGGUGUAUUGGCAGCAAAUGACAUCGAUGCUGAUAUACUCUCACCAGCUGAAAUUGAAUCAACUAGUGGUAAAACCCUCGGCACGGAUAAAUACAAACCAUUCGUAACACAAGAGGUUGUAAACCUUGCACAUGAUAAAGGUAUGCAAGUCAAGCCAUGGACUGUUGACACUCUUAACGUCGUUGACGAACAUUAUAAAUGGGGUGUUGAUGGUGUUAUCACUGAUUUCCCACAUGAAACUGUUAGAUGGGCAGACCUUAACAAAAUCAAGACUGCUAAGAAGUUCGACGAAGACAAGGUUAUGACAUGUCUCGCAAAACAUAAUCAAUUAGUAUAGACAUAAUAAUUUAGAUAGUUUCCUUCUCCUUUUGUACUUUUUCAACUAGGAUUUCAUUUAAUGCUUUUAGAUUUGCGUUGUGUUUAGCUGAUAAUGGUAUGAGUGUAGUCGAAGAUUGAAGUACCCUUUGUUCUUUUAGAUGAUCUACAUGCUGUUGGAAGGCCCUAAGACGGUCUCUCGCGAUCUCAUUCUCUUGAGCAUUCCCACCCAUGAGAUCGGCCUUGUUAGCAACUAUAACAGUACCACAUUGGGCUAAUCCAUCCUUAUACUCGUUGAGCUCUUUAAUGAGCGUGUCGAGGUCAUCCAAGUGCUCAUCUUUCGAGAAGUCAACGACGUAAACUAGCACAAGAGCACGUUCCACUGCGCGUAAGAAUGUAUGUCCAAGACCUUUAUUCUGCGCUGCAUCAGCUAUCAAUCCAGGGUUGUCAAGUAUUGUAAAGCGUGGCUCAAGGCUGUCAGUAUUGACGACGCCAACUUCCGGUUUAAGCGUCGUGAAUGCAUAGUUUGCUAUCUUAGUCUUGGAACUAGUAAGAGCGGCUAAAACAGAACUUUUACCUGCAUUCGGCAAGCCAACUAGACCGACAUCUGCGAGCAAUUUCAAUUCCAGACUUAGUUUGAGAUGCUCACCAGGCUCACCCCGCCGAGCGAACUUAGGUGUACGAAAUUGAUUUGUGACGAAAGCAGUGUUCGGAACGCCACCUUGUCCACCAGUCGCUAUUAAAUGUUUCCCCUCUAUAUCACCAACGUCUAUUUCUAUCGAUUGUCUAUCAAGUUUGUUGAAGUGUCUGACUUGGCUUUUCUCUGACUUUUUAAGUGCUUUAUCGACUUCUUGAAAGAGUGCGUGCUCUUUGUUAGCCUCUUCCAUACCUGGGUAAUGAAUCCAUGCGCGUUCUCUGCGCAUUUCGUCAAUGUCCUCCUCAUCUGCUCCUUGUUGAGCCUCUGAUACGGCUUCCGGGGGUGCUCUCCAGAGUUCCUUGAUUAUAGUACCCGGUGGUAUUUCUAUUACUGUAUCCUCGCCUCGUUUUCCUACUCUUUUAUCUCCACUGCCUGAACCACCACUGAUUGCUCGAAUCUUACGAGCUGUUGCAUGCAAACUGUUUAACUUUUUAUUCAUCUGGAAGUAAACAUUUCCGCCUAAACCACCUGCUCCACCGGUCGGUGGACCCAAACCGGUGGGUAACUUUGUGAAAGCCACUGCACCAUUACCGCCAGCUCCAGCUUUUACAUCCACUAUAAGGAAAUCUACAAAGGAAGUAUGACGCUAUAACGAAUUAAUAUGGAAGUAUAUAGAUACUAGAAUGCUCACUCUUUUUCCAUCUAUCCUCAAUCUAGCGCUAGCUUCUGCUAACGGACCGAGCUUCAUCGAUGCCGCUCUUUAAGGAGAACACUGAUGAGAGUGCAACGCUUGGAUGGCUUAGAAUUAGAUGACGAGGUGGUUAGGAGGAUCACUCAACCAAUAAUAGAUGCUUUAUCUCUUUUAGGGAUUAGCACUAGAGAUGAGAUAAUAGCAGCGAUAAAGGGUGUUUAUAUGUGGAAAUAUCUCAAUAUAUUUCAAUCAAUUUAUGGUAUGGGCUUGCAAUUAUUAAAAUAUACCAAUUUAUCUACUACCAAGAGUAUUCUUUAUCUUAUAUCAAGGAUACUCAUCCCCUUUGGACAUAAGAAGCUGAAGUCUACCAUAGAAACGCAAGAAUGGAGGAGUCUACAUAGGCACCAUCUAAAGAAACAAGUAGUACGGAUAGUUGACCGUCUAGAAACUCUCUAUGAUAUCGCAAACAUCGGUAAUCACAUCAGCUUUAUCAGCGGAGGGAAUUUUGCAAAUCUAACCGAACGUGCGCUUAGUCUGAAUGUCAGCGGUGGUGGUACUACGAAUGUAAAUCUGGAAUUCACUCAGCGGCAACUAGUCUGGAGCGUUAUGACGGAAUUUCUACAUAGCAUUAUAACAUCUAGAAGCACUUUACAGUCACGUCAAACUGCUGAUAUACCCCUAGGUGACGGCGUCGAGAGCUGCGUCGUAUGUGCGAAUAAGAACAUUACGGUUGCUUACUCACCCAGCUGCGGACACAAGUACGACUACAGCUGUCUGAUUAAUCUAAUAAAGAGCUACACUAGUUGCUCUGUUUGUAAAUCUAAAAUUCUCUCAAUUGAUAGAGUUUGACGUUUUGCUU